UCAUGUGAUUCAUUGAAUAGCAACGGCUCGGCAAAGUCAUUCAGAAGUUUUUAUCGAUUUCACUAGUGCAACUUUAGCGAUUUUGAAGAAAAUGAACUUAAAAACUUAUUUAAUAUUUGUGUAUCUGUGUUCGAUUUUAACUGUUACUUAUUCUACUGUUGCUGCUGAAUGGAAAAUAAGCCACCUUGUCAACGGUUUAAUGAGCAAUUCUUCGGAGUCAGAGCCGACGAUAGAGGAGAGCGAUGAGGCAGAAGAAACUACCUGGACAAAUAUUAAUGCGCAGGUGGAUGUAGUCAUUCCGAUGGUUUUGAACCACUUAAAUAGUAUGCAGAUUGAACAUAUGCACUUACCGGAUUUGAGCGAGACUAUUUCUUUGACUCCAAUUUUGGCAGUGUACCAGGCCCAGUUGAUUUUAAGCAACGGAAUCGUAUAUAACGUCGAAGGGAUCAAGCGAGAGGGCAACGCUUUGAUGACAUACAGAGACAAGAUAUUUAUAAUUCGAUUCGACUUAAAAAUUAGCAAUUUACAGUUUGAAUACGACUUUCUUCUUCAAUUAAUGCCCGUUCAGGGAUAUGGAAAGGUAAUGGGUGCCUUAGACGACACAAUUGUCCAUGCGGAGAUGUCAAUAGAUGUAACAAAUAUCAGUCUAACCCUCAACAAAUUUCGACUCGUUCAGUUUAGGAAAAUAUACGUUCAGUUGGAGCAGAUUCAAUUAAUACGACAGCUGACUGGCUUAAUUUUGACUCCAAUUACAAAUUUGUUUAAAGAUCGGAUAACUACAUCGAUAUCGGACGGUUUGGAAAAGGAGAUGGGCACUAUUUUUGAGGAUUUUAAUGUCGGUGAUCCUUUACAACUUCGAAUGUUUGCAAAGAAGCUGCUAUCAGGAUUGACAGGUCAAUAAAUAAUAAAAAGUUUUAGUCCACUUUUCACUAGUGAUUUUAAAGAUUUCAUAGAAUGGCAGAAUGGCACUUUUGUAUCGAAUUUAAAUAUUAUUUUGCAAUUUAUUAUAUUAUAUAUAUAAAUAUGUACGUAUGUAUAUGCCGGAUGAAUCAAAUUAAAUGCGAACAGUUACUCAUAAAAGUAUGCAUGCAGAAAAAAUAUUCCCAUGAAAGAGGAUUAUCAAUUCUCUAAAUCAGAAUUAGUACACAGUGGAACAAUAUUUGUAGUUGUGUAGAUGUACCUUGACCCUGUCGUUGUUGGAAAAGCCUUGAUGGCUGCUUUACUUGCUGUGCGAAAAUUACUCUGCUAUAUUGUGUAGCAAUUUUAUAAAUUACUACGCAAAUAUUUCUUUCAUAUUGAAUUUUUUUCCUUAUGCACUCUGCUCGGGAACAUAGGGCCUCGACAAGACUCUUCCACAAGCUGAAUGUGAUGUCGGCUUCUGCUAGCUCACGCAACAUCGACCUUCUCCAAGUAUUCUUUGGACGAUCGCGACCUCUGCUCCCUUGCGUGUUCCAGUCCAAUGCCAUUCUGGUGAUGCUAUCGGGUGGUUUUCUAAGCGUGUGACCUAUCCAUCGCCACUUUUUGCGUUUGAUUUGCCAUAAGAUGGGCGCCUCAUUCGUUGAUCUCCAUAGCGCGUCGUUGUUGAUGGUAUUUUCGACCAGAAUAUUCUACAGAUGAUGCGCAGGCAUUUGUUGACGAAAGAUUGUAGUUUCUGUGGGAUGGUGUUAGAGUCAGUCAUGUUUCAUUCCAUACAACAAUACUGACUUCACACAUGAGCUGAAUAUUCGCAGUUUAGAGCGCCUGGAGAUUUGCGAACUCGACCAUACUGUAUGCACUCGGCCGAACGCCACCCUUGCUUUGUUUAGUCUGUAAUUGACAUCUUAAUCUACUUCGCCGUCGCCUGCAGCCAACAAAUUCCACUGGGCACCCGUCAACCAUUAUAUGUGAUGCUUUAUUGCGGUUGACUCUCAUAGCCUUCGUCUUAGCGCUGUUGAUCUCGAGUCUCACAGUGCGUGCCAGCGUGACUAGUCUGACCACCUUCGCUCGCAUGUCAGUGAGUUUGUGAGAGAGGUGGCAGAUGUCAUCGGCGAAGUCCAUGUCCUCAAGAUGUCUGGUGAAACUCCAUUUGAUGCCUCUUAUUGAUCUAUAGUUUCAUCAAAUAUUUGUUAUACUUCCACUCUUUCUUCAGUUAUACUUGUAUAGCCGCGGAUUUGUAACAACACUACGGCUAUGCUUUGUCUUAUUCAAGCUCAAUGUUAGCUUUCCUUAUUCGUCUGACAUGCAAGAAAUAUGUAAGAGAAAAUAACGAUUUCUCACAUUUCGACGUGUUUCUUGAGCGCAAGUUGAUCGUAAUACCCAGCACUACAUAGUACUCCUCGGACCCAUGGUGAAAAGAAUUGAGAAGGUGUGGCCAAUAACAGACCGGCUCACAGCGAAUUUGCCGAAAUCAGCUGAUAGGCUGACUAGGGCCACGAAGCGGUUUGUUUACGAAGAAAUUAAGGUUGUGUUGGUGAUUUGCGAAAAAAUCGGCAAAUUUCGGCUGCCGAUAAGAUUGUGUUAGUGACAUACGAAAAAAAUCAGGACCGUCUUCGCUCAUAUUGCUUCAUUGCUAUCUGAACAACAACUGUUUGGACUAGUGUGUGAGUACAUGUGAAAUGAUCGUGCAGAAUUCGGUUGAAUCUCACUGCAAGCCGAAAUUCUCCUCACACUUUUCUUUUUCACCUUGUAAAUCUAUCAUCCUUGUCUCGAACCGCUUGUUAUUUUUUUAAGACCAGGUAUGUGUAUCGUUUUAACUUUUCUUAUUGGAAUGCGGCUUCGUGCUUUGUGAAUAUGUGGGAGUGUCCAAGGCAAAUUCGACAUUUGAUAAUACGCGACGGUUGCUCAUUUUCUAUACCUUUUUGAAUUGGAAAGUGACUUAUUUUUCUCAACUUACUUUUGAGAUUUAUUUUCCAAAUCCUACUUUUUAAUUAAUUAAUAUCAAUAUUUAUACAUAAUUAUCUAUCAAAUUUAAAGGGUCUAGUAAAUAUGGUUAAUGUUUUUGUAUCUCGUUCGAACUUGAAAAGAAGCACUCGGAGAUUUGGUAACUCGUAAAGCCCUCAGGCUAAAAAGAUCAUUGUGUUCAAAGCUCUAGAAAGUAAAAGGAUAGAUAGUCAAGGAGGAAUGGAGAGAAGUGAUAGAGAGAAAAAGAUAGAAUAUAAUAGAGACGGAGACAGAGAUAGCUAGUCCUUUGAGCAUUUUCCAGAUUCUUUGACAAAUCUGAAAAUAUCCUGGAUUUUGACAGAACUAAUUUUACUCAUUCUCAUGACAUCAGAACCCUGCACUAGCAAAGGCGGGGUACACGCAGAGAAAAUGUUCAGUGCUAUCUGUAAGCAAGACAGGCCAAUCGGGCCCUCAAUGCUUCCAAUGGUGGGCAUAUGCUGACCCCAUGGAUUGUGUCCUGUAAUAAUAACGACCAUCAACCGAACGUCUUUUCUACCAAGUUUUAGAACAAAGUUCGACAGUUUUCUUUUCGGGCUUGUCCCAAAACACUUUGCAGUUCUGCAGCGUUUUAGAUUGGACCAUCACUUUUCAUGUAAAUUGCAUUCAUAUUCGCAUACAUUUCUCGUUAAAACAUGUUUUAGGAAACUCACUUCAGACAGCAAAUAUUUGGUAAUACCUGCCGUAAGCUUGUUAUUUGUAAUACAAAAUGCUCCAAAAUAAUUCUGCAUACAUACUUUUAUAGUUAACUGUAUGUAUUUCAAAAAUAGUAGCUGUUUCACAUUCCAUACUCAAAAGUUGUUUUUUAAUUCGUAUAUAAUCUUAAAUAUUGUAAAUUAUUAUAUAAAUAGAAAAAGGGUGAUUUGUUGUUGUGUUAGUUUUAAUUACAUUUAUACUUUUACUACAUAGUUAUAGGGCUUGCAACGCUGUAAAUAUUGACUUUU